AUGCCCGAGGUGCAGAUACCAGACGGCUACAGCACACGAUUCGUGGACCCUGAAUCGAAUUUGGUGCAAAGCAGCGUCGAGUUUGUGUGCAUGACUGCGAAUAAGACGGUGGAGGGGAGCCGUGUGCCGGAGAAAGAGAAGCCGUGGGAGAGUGCUGGGGCUGAAGUGAGCGCUAGGAUGGUGGGAUGGGCGGCUGCUGUGGUGACGGCGGCGAUGCUUGGGUUGUAA